AUGUUCCGCUUCAUCGCCGUGUUCCUCGCCCUGGUGGCCAUGACUUUCGCUGCUCCCAGCUACAUUGAGCCCCACUACAGCGUGGUGUCAGUGGCUUCGGCGGUUCCUGUGGUGAAGCAUGUUCCGGUGGUGCACCAGGUCCCAGUGGUUAAGCACGUCCCAGUGGUCAGCCAAGUUUCGGUUGUGAAGCAUGUGCCCGUGGUCCACAAUGUCCCCGUGCUGAAGUCCUACGCUGUGCCCACCUACGGACACCACGUCUACCAUGGUUAA